AGCACGAUGUCGGGGCAACGUUAUGCGAUACAACGAGCUUGCGUGGUAGGGUGCCGCGCAUCAUUGCGCGCGCCGGAAGGCACGCGGCGUGAUUGGAGACUUUGAGACAUUGGAGAGGUCGAAGCAAUGAGCUGGGGAGGAGAGGAGGAGAUGACCUGCAAAGCGCAGGUCAGCAGAGGCGAGCGAUGAGAGAGGAGAUGGCAACUCUGGGACCAAAGAGGUGGACCGGGUUCUGUCAGCCGCCCGCAGGCAACUUAUAUGACCGCCUUUCCGCCCCGUUAGAAAGCCACGCUGCUGCCGUUUUCGCUCAACGUUUUUUGCGGAGGCGGGCAGUGAUGGGACGACGGAGAUCGGACUGGCUUUUUGACAUGCUGACGUACUGCGCUGGGGGCCAACCCACUCAGGGAGGUACCCAGGCAUCGGAUGUGUGAGGGCAGGAGGGGAAGGUCAGUGAGUCGGGCGCCGCGCCGCGCCGGCAUCGGCAGGCUGCGAGGCGGCCCCGUGGCGGCGCCGGCGCGUGCUGUAUUUUGCACAAGCCGGCUGCCGAUAAGGGGCGCAGCUUCGAAGCUGGAACGGGAGAGACCGAGAGAGAGAGUGGCGAGGGACAUGGCUUUCGGCGCGCCGGCUGCCCCUGACCCACCCCACUCCCCGCCCGGUGCGCAUCCGGUCUGCACAGUUUUGCGGUGUGGUGAUGUUGGGUCACCGGGCCCAAGCCACCCACCAUUCGUGCAUACAGGACUGAAGGAGGGGAAUCUCUAGUAGCAAAUGAAGAUUUUUUGCGGUGUGGGUGUCAAGGGAGUUGUUGCGGAGCUGGUUGCAAGCGUGGCGUGGGUGCCUGCAUGUGCUUUGCCCAUACGGAAGGUGCAAAACAAGGAAAGCUUGCGUGUUUGUCGAAAAGCACGAUUGCUACACCUAGUGUGUUGCUCGGGGGCAUAUAGGCGCUAGCGGCAUUGUGCUUAGGUGCUUGUGUGCGCGCACAUGCAUAGGUAUGUGCACAGCCCGCGCAAAGGCCUUGCUGGGAUGCGGGAUGGAUAAAUCGUACUUGCUAUGACGUUGAUGCUGGACUCGAUGGCGAUCUGCCGCGAUGAUGUGCGGCCAGACACAAAAAUGCGGGGACCGAUGGGUGACAAGCAGCAGUGCUGGCAGAGCGGUAGGUGCGAAGGUGUGCAUAGGAGAAUGCGGUGUCUGCAAGGGGCGCUGGGCGCCGGCCUUCGGUGUCCAGAGCCCCUGCGGACCCUCGUAUUGACUGCGCUGCCUUUUGGAAGCUACAGUACGCUGGGGGGCCUGAAGGAGUAACUUGCCCACGUUAAUCAGUACAGGAGCGGAGGGGGAGAAUUUUCGAAGGAGAGACGCCGACACAGCCUCAGGCAUGUUGCCUUGAGCCUUGUGCCGUACAGUUCGUGCGCAGCGGCGUUGCAUGAGAUAGCGUUGAACUGUACUAGAAUUUCUGAAACAUGCGUACCACGGUUUUAUAGGGUGUGCACCAGUGUCGUUUCUAGUGCCACAGUAUGCAUGUGUUUUAGAUUUGUGGUGGGUAUGGAGAGCGCGGUUUUGCUCAAGUGCGCGAGAAGUUCUGCCCUGUAUGCGUAGAGGCUCGGGCUGCUUCAAGUCAACAUCUGAGUUACUCAGUGGCUCUUACGUCCGACUCUCCCCUAAUCCUUUGACACGAACGUACUGUGUGUAUGUGUGUAGUUGCGUAGUGUGUUUGUGGUGUGUUGUAGACACGUGCAGGCGGAGCCGGUGGCCCCCAUGCUGCAAGCAAAGAAGAGGAUCCGCACGGGCAGAGCGGCCGGAUGCUUGAGACAUCCCACAAAGCUCGCGCACGCAUGGACGACGUCAUUGGGGUAGACUGGGCUGGGGGAUACGGCUGCUGAUCCUGCCCUCCCUGGCGGCACCAAGAGUGGUGUUUUCUGGCUGACGGGUUCCAGCGACGUUGACGUGAGGCGGAGAGGCGAGACAAGACAGGUGGCCAUCCCUUACAGGGACAAGAUAUGUGGUCCCCUCGCAUGGGAAAAGUGGGCUUUGCCGCCACCGCCACGUUGGUGGAAUGUCUGAGGCCGAAGGUUUCGAAACCUCCGAACCCACCGACGCAAGACACGGGCGAGGAGAGGCGAGAAAUCGAGUGGAGAAGGCUCAAUAAAUUCCAGGAGGGUUGCAGCGACGCACCUCCAGUUGGACCGGUGAGAGCUGAAUACACUGAUGUGGGUGGAAGCGCCGACGACACUAAGGAAGUAGCCGUAAGCUGGGUGGUGUGGUCGACGUUGGAUGCAGCUCACGGUACGGGAAGGCGCGCUAGCAGGGGCACAUGCUCCGAGUAUAGAAUUUGAUCCAAUAUUAGAGACCCCCCAGCGUUUCACAUACACGUGAGAGUUGCAACGGCGUGGGGGCUUUGUGACUUUGGCAUUGGCAGCCACGUAGCCUCUCAUGGUGUUGCGGGCCAUGAGGUGCGUGACUCUUAUGUCAGGAGGUCUUGUUGUUGGAGCCAAAGAACGCCACACGCGUGGGUUAGCACGCAUAGAAGAGAGUCCGUGCAGCGUAUUCGUAAGGGCUGUGCAGCAAGGAAAGGAACCUGCCUGGGGGAUGUUUUUUGUAUGCAGUGUGGCCGAGAGCUCACCGGAUAUGGUUUGCUAAGCCCCUCUGAUGUAUGCAUUACUCCGUCUAUUUUGCUUGGUACAAGACGGCGUUUGCCCUCCAGUGCACGAUGUUAGGGCCCCUCAAUGAUUACCCCACAGGCGAGUGUUAGUGUAUGGUAUGCGGGGCAUCGGAUUGAGAUGAGACAUGCGCUUUUCUGAAACAUUGCAUGUUUAAUCCACAAUGUGGAUCGUUGCGUGCGGCGAAGGCUGGAUGGGGACGGGUCGCAUUUGGGGCGCCUCUUCAGCCGGGUAAUUGCACUGUGGCGCGGCGCCGGCGCCUCCUCUGCCAGAGGCUGCGCUGGCUGACGGACCAUGUAUGUGCGUGACUGGGGGUUAGUGUGUUGGUAGGUGUUGUAUCUCGAAGAGGGCAUUGGUUGGGCAAGCCUGGCUGAGCGGUGUGCGUCAGUGCGGCUGGGCAGACCGAAGCGGAGCGGGUGCCACGCUGAGAGGCCAGUGCUCCUGAGCUGUGGGGCCCGCUUCAUCUUGUUCAGUGUGAUGCCGCCAUCGCUGGUUCAGGCGCUUUUACCGCGCGUCUCGCUUGUCGCUCUCACUCUCUAUUUCACCUGCUGAUUUUCAUUUGAUGCGCAUUUCGUAACAUUGAUUCGUGGUGUGAAGACGUGCGUCAGAGAAAGGCAAGAUGGCACAUGGGCGACCCUGUGAAGCCGUACGCCGGCACAGGCCCCGGUGGGCCGAUGUAAGAUGUAAGCUGG